GCCACUAGAUACACUGAACACAGAAUGGCUUGACGGCCCUGGUACAUCUGCUUUCUCUGCCGUUUCUAUCACAUUUUAUCUAUGAGCUUCCUCCGUCGCCGCACAGAAUUUUUUUUUCAUCAAACGUAGGAGAUAGGGGGACAAAAAAAAAACAAGCAAAAACCCCACAACAAAUGCAACUGUCUCCCCUCAUAUGUCGAAAAAAUUUGCCAUCGGCUCUGCGACGCUUGUGUUGUUUGUAGGAACCAACUGCACCUUUUAUCCGGAAACUUCAUCUGGUGGCGCUAAUGAACAGACCUACCUGUAUACGUUGAAAACUCAUAUCAUACAGUAGGUGGCUUUUUAAGUUACCGCAAAUUACUUAAAAGUGAGCGGGAGGGGGGUAUUUUAACGCCAAUAGCGAAGGUGUAAUUACUUAACACUUGCAAACAUGGCUGCUGGGGGAACGGCAGUGGGAAAAGUUUGACACCGACGUGGGAGAAGUUGUAUGCGAAUGCUAGUUUAGGUACAUGAGUUUGUUGGCGAGAUAAUAAAGUCGUCAGUAGUCUCCCUCCAGCCUGGCACCGCUUUCCCCGGACUUACAACCCAGUGGAUGAACCGUGAGAGAGCCCCCUCCUCCUCUGUAGUCACCGCCGACAGUCACUGCAGUGUGGACUUUAGUGGGGGAACUGUGGUGUCUUCUUCUCCAUCGUGAGCUGUGGUGGCGUUUUUUGAGGACUUGUCGUCGGGCAGCAGCCUGUGUUUCGAGCUAAAAAAAUGCAUUUCUCCAUCCCCGAAACGGAGGUUCGUUCGGGGGAAAAUGGAUCAACCUACGUGGCCUACAACAUCCAUGUCAAUGGUGUGCUGCACUGUCGGGUACGCUACAGUCAACUUCUUGGCCUACAUGAACAGAUAAAGAAAGAAUAUGGCAGCAAUGUGGUGCCUGCGUUCCCUCCAAAGAAGAUCUUCACACUGACUCCUGCUGAGGUCGAACAGAGACGAGAACAGCUGGAGAAAUACAUGCAGGCUGUGCGUCAAGACCCCUUGCUUGGAGCCAGCGAGAUGUUCAACAGCUUCUUAAGGAAAGCACAACAGGAGACGCAGCAGAUUCCCACAGAAGAAGUCGCUUUAGACAUCUGCCUCUCCAACGGUCAGAAGGUUACAGUCAACAUUCUGACCUCGGAUCAGACGGAGGAUGUGCUUGAUGCUGUUGCAACAAAGCUUGACCUUCCUGAUGACCUCGUUGGUUACUUCAGUCUCUUCCUCAUCCGUGAGGGCGUGGAUGGAGGUUUAACAUUUGUGCGGAAGCUGCAGGAGUUUGAGCUGCCUUAUGUAUCCAUUACCAGCUUGCGGAGCUCUGAAUUUCACAUACUCCUACGGAAAAGCUACUGGGACAUGGCGUAUGAUGGGGAUGUCAUGGACAACAGAGUUGGCCUGAAUUUGCUUUACGCCCAGACAGUGUCUGACAUUGAGCGAAACUGGAUACUCGUCAACAAAGACCAGCACCGGCAGCUCAAAUCGCUGCAGGAGAAGGGCUCCAAGAAAGAAUUCAUCCAUCUAGGUCAGACUCUCAAAUAUUAUGGUUAUAUCAAGUUUGACCCUUGUAUCACUGACUUCCCCGAGAAGGGCUGCCAAGUCAUCGUAAGUGCAGGCAACAAUGAGCUCAACUUCCACGUCAAGCUGCCCAACGAACAGAUGAAGGAGGGAAGCUUCAAGGUCACUCGCAUGAGGUGUUGGCGAGUCACGUCUUCUCAAGUCCCCAUAGCCAACGGCACCACCAAUCCCUGCAGCUCCUCCAAAUGCGAGGUCAAACUGGAGCUCGCCUUCGAGUAUCUGAUGAGCAAGGACCGCCUCCAGUGGGUCACCAUCACCAGUCAACAGGCCAUCAUGAUGAGUAUCUGCCUUCAGUCUAUGGUGGACGAAUUAAUGGUGAAGAAGUCAGGUGGCAGCAUAAAAAAG